AUGCAGGUGGUACUUGGUAUGGACACAGUUCAUUCUGAUAUGGGCAGUGUACUCAUCAUUCUUCACACCGCUGGAGUUCGGAUUCUUCAGAGGAGUGCCAGAGAACAUAUUCCUCCUCGACAUCGCCGGACAAUUCGCUUUCCUCAUCGACAUCGUUGUUCAUUUCUUCGUUGCCUACCGCGACGCCCAUUCUUACUGCAUGGUCUACAAUCACAACCUAAUCGCCAUUCGGUAUUUGAAAUCUCGUUUUCUAGUGGAUUUUCUGGGUUGUUUGCCUUGGGAUGCUAUCUACAAGGUACUCAUCGAAUCAUUCCGUCUUUGUUCAUGCCUUCACUACACUGA